AUGAAUGAAAUGAAAGAGAUAGCCAAGAUAUCCGGACCCACAACCAUAACCGGACUCCUCAUCUACUCACGCGCCAUGAUCUCCAUGCUUUUCCUCGGACACUUAGGCGAGCUGGCGCUAGCCGGCGGAUCCCUCUCAAUGGGCGUCGCCAACAUAACCGGCUACUCCGUCAUCUCCGGCCUCGCCAUGGGCAUGGACCCCAUCUGCGGCCAAGCCUACGGCGCCAAACAAAUGAACCUCCUCGGGCUCACCCUCCACCGCACAACCCUCCUCCUCCUCUCCACCUCCCUCCCCAUCUCCCUCACCUGGCUCAACAUCAACAAAAUCCUCCUAUGGUGCAACCAGGACCACCACAUCUCCUCCGCCGCCCAACAGUUCAUCCUCUUCGCCAUACCCGACUUAUUCUUCCUCUCCCUCCUCCAUCCCUUAAGGAUUUACUUACGUGCCCAGGGGGUCACCCUCCCCGUCACCUACUGCUCCUGCGCCUCCCUUCUCCUUCACAUCCCUCUGAAUUUCUUCCUCGUCAACUAUCUUAACAUGGGGAUAUCCGGGGUCGCCUUAGCAAUGUCUCUCACGAAUUUAAACCUCCUCGUCUUUCUCUCUCUCUACGUUUACUUCUCCGGGAUUUACAAAGGCUCGUGGGUCGUCCCGAGCCGCGACUGUUUUCGCGGCUGGUCGAAGCUGCUUUCGCUUUCUGUGCCCACGUGUGUUUCUGUUUGUCUCGAGUGGUGGUGGUACGAACUCAUGAUAAUGUUGUGUGGGCUUCUGCCGAGCCCGCGGGCCACCAUUGCUUCCAUGGGGAUUUUGAUACAGACGACUUCGUUGAUAUACGUUUUCCCUUCUUCGCUCGGGCUUGGGGUUUCGACUAGGGUCAGCAACGAGCUCGGGGCCCGCAGGCCCGGGAGGGCCCGUAUUUCGAUGGUGGUGGCGCUGUGGUGUGCGGCCGGGCUUGGAGUGGCGGCCAUGGCUUUCGCGACGCUGAUGAGGUGGCGGUGGGGUCGGCUUUUCACGGCGGAUGCGGAGAUUCUCGGGCUGACGGCGGCGGCGCUCCCGAUAGCGGGUUUGUGUGAGUUGGGAAAUUGUCCACAGACGGCUGGGUGUGGGGUGCUGAGGGGGAGCGCGAGGCCGGCGGUUGGGGCGAAUAUUAAUCUGGGCUCGUUUUACUUUGUGGGCUUUCCAGUGGCGUUCGUGAUGGGCUUUGUGAUGGAGAUGGGAUUUGUUGGGCUGUGGUUGGGCCUGCUGGCGGCCCAGGCGUCGUGUGCGCUGCUGAUGAUGGUGGUGUUGGGGAGGACGGACUGGAAGGCUCAGGCGGACCGGGCCAGGGAGCUCACGGCUCAGGCUUGCAAGUCUCUGCUGCCGGUUCUGGGGGAGGAGGCAGGUGCUAACAAUAAUAAUAAUAAUAAUAAUAAUAAUAAUAAUAAUAAUAAACAAGUUAAAAGGACUUGUUGUGAUGAGCAUAGUAUUAAUAAUGAUAGUGUUGAGCGGAUUUUGUGUGGUAAUAAUAAUGGUGAUGUGGACGACGUGAAGUCGGGUUCGGAUGAAACAUAUCCUCUCAUUGUAACUACGCAUUAA